GUCAUUAAAGAAAUUAUUUGCCCUGGACCCUGAGGUGUUCUGCGGCAUGAACAUGGAGCUGACGGAGGAGGUGGUGGGUUCUCCGAUUCCUGAGCCGAGGCAACGAUCUAGACUUUUCCGCUCCCACUCGGAAAGCUCAGAUGAACUGUCAGAACUGGACCUCUCCCAUGGCAAGAAGGAUGCCUUCGUCUUGGAGAUUGAUGACACUGAUGCUGUGGAGGACAUCCACUCCCUCCUCACUGAUGCACCUACUCCCGCAGGUUUCUACAGCUGCAACUCUGAGGUCAUGCCUGGGAUUUUGAACUGGACUUCAGGAGUUCAGAUGUUUACAUCGGUGAGGGUCUUCAGGUUGAGUAAUGCCAAUCUCACUAACCAAGGCUUGAACAAGAUCUUCACUGACCUGUGUGAGAAUCUGCUAAAGAGUUUUUACUUCAAGUUGCGCUCCAUGAUCCCGUGCUGUCUGUGUAAGCUCAACUUCACUGUAGCAGUGCCAGAAGAAGAACUCAUACAGGUCGCAGUGACAGCGGUUGCCAUGACGUUUGACAAAGACCAGUCUCAAGAGAAAUCAGCAGACAAGCCCACCGUCAGAGGAGUUAGUGAGACAGAAGAGCAGCUGCAGUUUCCCCUGGAGUUAUGUGCAGACCCGUCAUCCACCAACAUUCAGCCAUCAUCCAAAAUCUCAGGUGUCCCAGAGAGUACCAACGUCUCAUCCAGAGACAGAUGCAGCACCUGGCUAGAGCUGCUUAGGCUGAAAGCUCACACCAUAAGACGAGGAUCAGUUAAGACAAGUAGGAGGACACAGUCUCUAGCACACUCCGUCUCAUCUUUGGAGCGCUCCAGUCCCGUGCCUGAGGGACGGUCCCGCUCGCUGCGCUCCAACCGCUCGUUAGGGGGCAGUUCAGUCACCGUGGUGAAGAUGACACCGCUCUCCUUCCUCCCUGGGACACGAAUCAUUAAAUACCUUGGGAUCAUCAACAUGUUUUUUAUCAGAGAGACAACAUCGUUACGUGAGGAAGGCGGUGUCAGUGGCUUCCUCCAUUCAUUCAUAGCAGAGGUAUUUGCGAUGGUUCGAGCCCAUGUAGCAGCCCUGGGUGGCAAUGCAGUGGUGUCCUACAGCAUGAAAGAGUGUGUGUUAAUGGAAAAUCCAAACAAGAACCAGGCUCAGUGUCUCAUUAAUGUGAGUGGUGAUGCCGUCAUCUGCAUCCGGGAAACGGACCAGGAGCCAACUGCUUCAACGACAAAUGUUGGACAGACCUGCAUUAGUGCAGCAGAUGGGGCCACGUGACAGUGAAACACGGAGCCUCGUUUUGUCUGCAGGACGCACAAACUGCGUGAACACGCUCUCUGAGUCUAGCCAUCCAAAUAUUAGUCAUUUAUGUCUGCCUUAAAACUGUAAAAGAUCCAAAGGUUUGGACACAGGUAAUAAAGAACAAGUACAACAUGCACACUCGAAAACGUGCAGUCUGGAUUAAUACGGGAGUACAGGAUGUUUCUGUGUUUUUCCCGAUGUUUAAAGUGAGCAUUUGUGCAGGAGAUAUGGACGUUUAAAAUCAACAAAAGCGCCCUUAUGCAUAAAAGUUUGCCUGUGUAUUAAAUCCGUCCAUGCUGGGGGACCCCCAAAGUUACAGUAUAUUGGCCAUUCCUCUCUGUGUGGGCGCAAGCGAGGCAGCUAUGAUCAAUUUGUCCAUCCACAGCUCACAGGAGGAGCCACUAAAUGGCCAUGCCAAAAGGGACGCAGUUGUUUACCAUCUGAUACUU